AUGGUAGUGGCCAAAAUAUUCGAGGGAGCUAAAUGGACGGCGGAGACCUUGGUUGGAGCAGGACAAGCUCUUGCAAAUACGAAAGGCCCCGUUCCUGCUACGGAUCUUCACCCACGAAUGCCCGCUCGGCCAUGGACUGCUCAAGAAUACUUGCGAAUGUGGUCGUGGCGUCACUGUUGGAAGUACCUCCCAGUUUUUCGUUUCUACAUCUACUCUGGUAUCAUCAUGUUUGGAAUCUUGAAAUACGUUGUCCCAUGUGAGUAUAUAUUUGAGCCAAAUUAUAGUAAAGCUUAUCAACUCACUCGGUUUCCAUAUUGA